GCUGGUGGCUCCGCUCCUGCGGUUCCUAAACCCGAGUGGCGCCUGCGGGGAGCGCAGCGUCGGGCACCUCUUGGCCCGGGACAUUGGCGGCCCGUCUGGACCCCGGCCCCCAGAGACCCGGGCGGAAGACGGCGGGGACCCCGCCCGGUCCCUCCCGCGGGCAGGCGGGGCGGCCCCACAUCGGACUCCUCCCCCGCAGCCCGGCAGGGAUCCGUCGCCGCGCGCGGUUCCGCAGGUGGCAGCUAUGGCCCAGUCCUGAGCGCCCCGCCAUGGCCGGCGCCCCCAGCCUGCUGCGCCUGGCGCUCCUGCUGCUCGGGGCGGUGGGCAAGGCCGGUCCCCGCCCCCAGGGCGCCACGGUGUCCCUCUCGGAGACAGUGCAGAAAUGGCGAGAAUAUCGACGCCAGUGCCAGCGGUUCCUCGUGGAAGCACCACCUCUGGCCGCAGGCCUCUUCUGCAACCGAACCUUUGAUGACUACGCCUGCUGGCCAGAUGGGCCCCCAGGUUCCUUCGUGAAUGUCAGCUGCCCCUGGUACCUGCCCUGGGCCAGCAGUGUGCUCCAGGGCCAUGUGUACCGGUUCUGCACGGCUGAGGGCCUCUGGCUACAGAAGGACAACUCCAGCCUGCCCUGGAGGGACCUGUCGGAGUGUGAAGAGUCCAAGCGAGGGGAGAGAAACUCCCCCGAGGAACAGCUCCUGUCUCUGUACAUUAUCUACACCGUGGGCUACGCACUUUCCUUCUCUGCCCUGGUCAUCGCCUCAGCCAUCCUUGUUGGCUUCAGACACUUGCACUGCACCCGGAACUACAUCCACCUGAACCUGUUUGCAUCCUUCAUCCUCCGAGCCCUGUCCGUCUUCAUCAAGGAUGCCGCCCUCAAGUGGAUGUACAGCACCGCUGCCCAGCAGCAUCAGUGGGACGGACUGCUCUCGUAUCAGGACUCUCUAAGCUGCCGACUGGUGUUCCUGCUCAUGCAGUACUGCGUGGCGGCCAACUACUACUGGCUGCUGGUGGAGGGUGUGUACCUGUACACGCUGCUGGCCUUCUCAGUGUUCUCGGAGCAGCGCAUCUUCAAGCUGUACCUGAGCAUAGGCUGGGGUGUUCCUCUGCUGUUUGUUAUCCCCUGGGGCAUUGUCAAAUACCUCUAUGAGGAUGAGGGCUGCUGGACCAGGAACUCCAACAUGAACUACUGGCUCAUCAUUCGACUGCCCAUUCUCUUUGCUAUUGGGGUCAACUUUCUCAUCUUCAUCCGGGUCAUCUGCAUUGUGGUCUCCAAACUGAAGGCAAAUCUCAUGUGCAAAACUGACAUCAAAUGCAGACUUGCUAAGUCCACUCUGACGCUCAUCCCCCUCCUGGGGACACAUGAGGUCAUCUUUGCCUUUGUGAUGGACGAACAUGCCCGAGGGACCCUCCGCUUCAUCAAACUGUUCACAGAGCUCUCCUUCACUUCCUUCCAGGGCCUGAUGGUGGCCAUCUUGUACUGCUUUGUCAACAAUGAGGUCCAGAUGGAGUUUCGGAAGAGCUGGGAGCGCUGGAGGCUGGAGCACUGGAACAUCCAGAGGGACAGCAGCAUGAAGCCCCUCAAGUGUCCUACCAGCAGUGUAAGCAGCGGGGCCACCGUGGGCAGCAGCGUGUACGCAGCUACCUGCCAGGCUUCCUGCAGCUGAGCCCCAGCGCUGCCCCCCUCCCUGUGGUCCUUGCCGCUGGCUAGGUGGCCAUCCCAGGUGGGACUGACCCUCCCAGGGACAGGGACGGGGAAGGACAUAGGCACACCCACACCCUUAGCUUUCCUUCUCCAAACCUAUCAGACGGGCAAGUGGACAGUGCCUCCCGGGACCGUAGACACAUGUCCUCCAAGGAGAACAGCCUGCUAAUUUAAUCACCGUGGCAGGAAGAGAGGAAGAAAUGAUUGCUGCUAAAAUGAGGAGGACUCCUUCCUGUUAGAACCACAGGGCCCUUGGGGUUCCCCCGGAACAGAACAGCAAAUCAACCCCGGACUCCUACUCAAGGGCAACUGUUGAUUAGUGGGAUUGGGGCUUGUGAGAGGGGGCAGUUCCGCGAGAGACCCGCCAUUCUGACCUCAGCCAGCGCAGAGCUUGGCAAGGUGAGCGGCUGUGCUCUGUGCCUGCCUGGGCUUGCUACCUGCGUCAUCCUCCUCAUGAAAGAAGAGAGGCCUUCUCUGUGCGUCUGGGCUGCUGGCGCUCCCUCAUCUGCCCGUUCAUCUCACCAUCCUGUCUUUCCUUGUGGGGAGGGGGGGUUGUUGGAGCUACGACCCGCAGCUCUUUCUGGAAGUGGCUGCGUGUGGUGCUGGGGAUAAGUCCCAAGGGGAUGCUCAGAGGUCACCGUUGCUGGCGCCCACUUCUCACUCAGCCUUUUAAGUCACUCGGCUCUCUCUCAGCUUCUGCUGUGCCUAGGGUACUAGGUCAAGUCCUACCGUGAGGAGCCCAGGCCUGGUGUAAAGAAGCUCAAAUGCCCUCUAAGGCUCAUCUGGAGACACUUCAGGAAUGUCCCCCUAGGGGCACUGAUGACGCGAAUCUAGAGGAGAAAGGGAUCCAUGGCCUCCAUACCUCCACCUUGUCUGUGACCAGAUUCCAUGUCUUGCAUGGGAGUUGGGGGUACAUCCUCUGAUGCUCCUGAUGCUACCAUGGUGGUGGGCUCCCUGCCUUUGAAAUCCUCCCACUUUGAACACACACACACACACACACACACACACACACACACACACACACACACACACUUCAUCCUUUUUCCUUUAUUGCAGUGGCUGCUAUGUCUAUACAAACAUAUAAUUCUGAUUUCUCCCACCCAAUGGAAGAACUAAAUUGUGGCUGUUGUUACGUUUGAGGGGAGUGGGGGAAGUGAUUGAUUUUAUCCCCCCAGACUCCUCCCACACAUGAUGAGUAGAGAUAGGGCAGCAUGGGGACAAUCUAUCACUCCUACCCCGAGCCACAGGACAGGAUGGGAGACUAUCUAUCACUCCUGCCCUCAGCCACCAUGAGAAAGCCAUGAAGGGACAGCUCUGCAGAGACCCAAAUCCAAGGACAGCCUCCCUGGGAAAGUAGACAAUGAGUUCACAGAGGCCAAGGAAGGUUCCAGGGCUGGGAAGAAUCCUAGUAGCCCAGGCCUCCUUUGAAGUUGGGGUGGAGGUGGCUUCAGAUGGAUUCUCUCAUGAGGCUGAUCUCUCCUUCAUCCUGCGGAAAGUGGGGGACCCUCCCCAAUGCUUUCACUAGACACAUUCUCCUGUGCCCCUCGGAGAGGCAUGGGACAUGUAAGGGAGAUAAUAACGGGCCAUAAAACACACCAAGCAGAAAUUUUCUUCUCCUUCUGCUUCACCCGAGUGUUGUGUCUGUGUUAAUAGGGAAGUGGAAACUCAGGCUAGAGAAAGGAGCCACGUCACCCAGCUGCCCCCUUAACCAAGACAAAGGAGUCCAGUGGGGGAAGUAGGCCCAGGGUCCUCUGCUCCCUGAGAACCAGGGCAGGCUUCUCAUUGGGCACCUUCCUUGUUUCUCCUGUGGGAACAGUGGAAAGAUAAGCAUGGGAUAAACUGGGACCUUUUGAGAAUCAUUCAUUGCACACAAGCGAAAGGAAAAGACAGAUUUAAUCUGCCUGGAAUAAAUUUUCCAGGGGAGAGAUGAGGAACAAGCCUAGGUAACUCACUAGGAGCUUUUAUGUGGAGUUCCUUCCCCUCUGGAACUCUGGAUCCCCGGCUUCUCCACACCCCAUAUCCCAAGAUUUGAAUGCAGGUUUUCCUUCCCAGAUUCCUGAACUGAAGAAAGGUUCGCCCUUCUCCAAGUCCCCGUACUAUUAAUGUUUGUUUGAAUGGCACACCACCCCCUCUGAGCUCUUUCCAAACUUGCCUAAGCUAAAUAUAGCUCCCCUAGGUCUGGGAAUUAUCUGAUGCUAUGUACUCUGAAAUUCCACUAGCUGUUUACAUGCCUCACGACAUAAGUCUAAGCCUAGCGUUGCUGAGAACUCUCUGGCUGCCCCUGCUCCUGUCCGGGGGCUGCUCCUGCUGGCCUAUAGGGCACAUAAGCGGUGGCUUUGUGGGAGUUACCCAGCCGGUGGGCUCACGUUGUCGUCAGUGGCUGCUGACUUCAGCACUCUGGCCAGCUCCUGGGAACACGGUAGGCACUGAAAUCUCAAAGACUCUUCUAGACCACUCACUCCAGUCUCCGAACAGCUAAAUCACGGAACGUUACAAACCACUUACAUUGCCUUCUCUUUCAAACGACUUUCUGGAAGGCAGGCGUGAUUGCAAUCGGCCCAGCGCUCAAGACAACAUUAAUGGGGUUCUGGGACACUCUGUGUGCAGGAAAGAUCCUGACAAUUCCUCCUGACGUGGAUCUACAGAAGGGAGGAGGGAGGCUUGCAGGAAGGUUUGCCGGGGUCACAGCACUAGCUGGCCGGUGUGGCUGGUCCUCUGGCAGGCCAGGUGAGAGCAUAAAUGGUCACUCAAGAUGUGCCAAGUGCAAGUCCUCAUGUGACCUGGAAUUUAUAUUGAAGAAAUGGAACAGCAGAGGUGGACGCAUCACACGGCAAAGGUGUCACCCCUGGCAAAAAGGAAUUGCUUUGGUAUCUCAUUCUCGUCUUAAAAUUAAGGGACGAAGGGGUGGAGAGAUGGUUCAGUGGUUAAGAAUGUGAACUGCUCUUGGAAAGGACCAGAGUUUGGUCCCCAGCACCCACAUCAGAAGGCUCACAGUCCCCUGUAACUUCAGCUCCAGGCUACCUGACACCCUCUUUUGGCCUCCACUGGAACCCGCACCCACGUGGCAUACAACCAACUCCCACAAACCCACAUCCACAUAGACACAAAUAGUAAAAGAUGAAGUCCGCAAAAACAAAGAGAUAGAACACAUCUGAGCACCGGGGUGCUGCAGGACUGGCAGUCUUUGAGAGAGCAGCCAUGGCCUUCCCCAUGGCUUGUCUUAAACAUUUUCAGAUUCACGAAGCUCUUGUUUUGAAAUGUGCUGAUGGGCACACAAGGCGACUGAAUGAAACCGAAUAGUGACCUGAACUUCAUCUUUGCCUCUCUAGUGCCCCCUGAAUUACGGAGCGCUCUAACAAACUGAACCACUAGGUGGUCCAGAGCUCCAAAGGACAGAUAGAGUCAGUUUUCAUUCAUGCCUGAGCUGGCUGUGUUUCAGCAAUUCAAGGGAAGGAACACUAUGUGUGCCGGUGUUUGUCCUAUGCAUUCCAGCCCAAGGGGAGGAGAUGCGGGAGCCAGAUUCAGCCCUCCUCCACCGUGAAGGUCACAGGGCUGCACAACCCGGGGGUGGGGCUGGUUGGGAAUCUGGCAGAUGCAGCCCCUCCAUGCACAGACAGGGCUCCCAUUAUCACUAAUGCCUGCGACGUGCUCAGGGAAGGCAGAAUAUGUUUCAAAGCUUUAUUUUCCAUCUGCUGAAUUGAUUCUAAUCUACAGGGCUGACUCUCCUUUUGGCUCCUAGGAGGCAAACUUUUUUUUUUUUUUUUAAUCCUCAAAUAAUAAAACACGGGGAUUGAUUUUGCUAAGACAGCUAUGCAAAUGGCGUGUUAAAUAUUCAACAGAAAGCAAAUUAGCAUCAACUCUAACAUGGUGAGGUGGGUCCCCCCCCUCGAUCUUUUUCUGUAGCUCAAGUGAGUUUCCUUGAGAAAAGGGGUCCAGGUGAGAAACCUCUCCCAACAUGGCCAUGUCCCCAGGCUGUAGUCUGCAGCCUGAGCCUCUCUCUGGCUUUGGGGAAAAUCACGUCAAGAAUCAGGACCAGUGAGCUGGCUCAGCAGGUAAAAGCCCUUGCCUCCAAGCCAGAUGACCCGAGUUUGAUCCUGGGUCCCACGUGGUGGAGAGAACUGACUCCCAAAGUUGUCUUCUGGCCUCCACAUG